AUGAAACGGGGGUUCAAUCCUACUUCGUCCUACUUAGGCAAUGGAACCACCAAAUCCCAGGCCCCGGAGCGACUCGGAGACGUCCCCGCGACCGAGGCCUUCAUUGCGGCGGCCGAAGUGGCCGUCAUCGGCUUCUUCCAGGAUUUAGAGGGCCCGGCCGCCUCAGAGUUUCUCAGCAUGGCCCAAAGCAUCGGAGACGUGUCCUUCGCCUUGAGUUCCAGCGCAGAGGUCAUGGCCCAUCACAACAUCACAGGAAACACCAUCUCCCUCUUCCGCCUGGUGGACGACAAGCGGUUGGAUUUGAGAGUCCCAGACGAGCAGAAAAUUGACGCCACCAAAAUGAGCCGCUUCGUCGAGAUGAACAAACUUCACCUGGUGACCGAGUAUAGCCCCAUGACGGCCGUCGGCCUGUUCGACAGCGCCAUUCGCACCCACCUCCUCCUGAUCUCAGACAAGGCCUCAGAGGGCCACGCCGACAGAGUCUCCGUCUUCCGGGAGGUCGCCAAGGCCUUCCGGGGAAAGGCCUUGUUCGUGCUAGCGGACGGCGGGGCGCAGGCCAACGAGCGCCUGGUGGGCUUCUUCAAGCUGCGGCGGUCUCAGCUGCCCGCGCUGGCCGCCUACGACACGGAGGACGAGGCCUGGGACACGCUGCCCCUCGCCCGCAUCACGCCCGGCGUCGUCCGAGACUUCUGCGCCCGCUUCCUGAGGGACAGGCGAGAGGGAGACGACAGUGGCAAGGACGGCAGCGGCGACGGUGGGCACCUGGAAUUGGAUCCCGGAUUCUCCAAGGGAGACGACAGUGGCAAGGAUGGCAGCGGCGAUGGUGGGCACCUGGAAUUGGAUCCCGGAUUCUCCAAGGAGGAGCUGUGA